AAAAAACACAAAUAAACGUAUCAAAUGUUUCUUAAUUCUGAAAGCGGGAUAACCAAAAUCAAAAUGGCCAGAGAAGAGCGCUGGUGCGUCGUCACCGGCGGCCGAGGUUUCGCGGCGAGGCACUUGGUCAUCAUGCUCAUCAAAUACGGGAUGUUUUCCGUCCGCAUUGCUGAUUUGGGGCCUACCAUCAAGCUGGAUCCAGACGAGGAGGAUGGCGACCUUGGCCAAGCCCUAAAGUCUGGCGGCGCGGGUUACGUGUCAGUGGAUCUGCGAGACAAAUCGCAGGUGCUCCAAGCUUUCCAAGGAGCUGAGGUAGUAUUUCACAUGGCUGCUCCUGAUUCCUCCAUCAAUAACUACCAACUACAUCAUUCUGUCAAUGUCCAAGGAACCAAGAAUGUCAUUGAUGCAUGUGUUGAGCUGAAAGUGAAACGACUUAUAUAUACAAGCUCCCCAAGUGUAGUAUUUGAUGGCGUUCAUGGGAUAUAUAAUGGAGAUGAAUCAUUACCUUACCCUACUAAGCACAAUGAUUCGUACUCUGCCACUAAAGCAGAAGGAGAGACCCUUGUCAUCAGUUCAAAUGGUUCAAAUGGGCUUUUAACAUGCUGCAUUCGACCUAGCAGCAUUUUUGGUCCCGGUGAUAAGUUACUUGUUCCAUCUUUGGUUGCAGCAGCAAGGGCUGGGAAAUCAAAGUUCAUUAUUGGGGAUGGAAAGAACAUGUAUGAUUUUACUUAUGUGGAGAAUGUGGCACAUGCUCAUGUAUGUGCUGAACGGGCUUUGGCAUCAGAAGCAGCAGAAAGAGCAUCUGGACAGGCAUACUUCAUUACCAAUAUGGAACCAAUUAGAUUUUGGGAGUUUAUGUCUCUGAUUCUUGAAGGUUUGGGUUAUGAAAGGCCAAAACUUAAGAUUCCUGCCUUGGUAAUGAUGCCCAUUGCACAUAUGGUAGAGUUGAUCUAUAAAAUCUUCGCCCCCUUCGGAAUGAAGGUGCCACAGUUAACACCUUCAAGAAUCAGGCUUCUCUCUGUUACCAGAACUUUUAAUUCUUCUAAAGCAGUUGAUCGACUUGGCUACCGGCCGAUUGUAACUCUCCAGGAUGGCCUUCAAAGAACUAUUGAAGCAUACCCACACUUACGAGGAGAUGCUCAUAGUAAAAUUGGGAGUCAUAAAGGUAACCUACUCUGGAGGUACAAGAUGCUGGCAUUCACUUUAGUAUUGCUCGUGGCUUCAUUUUACCAUAGUUUUGCCGAAAAUGGUUCCAUCACCUUCACUAUGGUUUCCAAGAUUCUGCUUGGAGUUUCCAUUAUCCUCUUCAUCCAUGGCAGACUAACACUUAAAACAUGAACCGCAGGUCAUUUUUAUCCACAGGUGAGCCUGAGGUUAUGACUUUCUUAGAAAAAAAAUUUAGAAUAUGUGUGAUGACGCUACUGAACCAAUUUUUAUUCAGUUGUUCUUAAUGUCUUCAUCAUUUAGUUUCCCAGUUUCUUAUUAAUGUCUUUAGUUCUCUCUAUGUUGCCAAUAUGAAAUAUGUGCAAAUAAUUAUAAUAUAAGUUAGAUUUACUAGCAAAAAUUUCAAG